UCGGGAUUGUUAGCACAUAGAGGAAACUGUCGAAAGUCCACAAAAUGUUUAAACAUGUCUUUCUGACAGGACCUCCCGGUGUUGGGAAAACAACGUUGGUCCAGAAAGCAUGUGAAGCCCUGACCUCCGCUGGUGUGGCCAUUGAUGGGUUUUACACUGAAGAGGUCAGAGGAGGAGGGAGGAGAGUCGGAUUCGACGUGGUCACUGUGUCGGGGAAGAGGGGGAUCUUAUCCAGAGUCGGAGAAUCCUCUGCCAGCUCUGCUGGAAGACGUGAGCCCAGGGUGGGGCAGUAUGUUGUCGAUCUACCGUCUUUCGAAAACCUGGCUCUUCCCCUCUUCAGAAAUGUGGGCACUGGGGUUGAAGGUGGAAAGAGGGCUGUAUUUGUCAUUGACGAGAUUGGGAAGAUGGAACUCUUCAGCCAGGCCUUUAUUCGGGCAGUGAGGCAGACCCUGGACAGUUCUACCUGCUCCAUCCUGGGUACCAUUCCUAUCCCUAAGGGCAAGCCCCUGGGCCUGGUGGAGGAGGUACGCAACAGGAGGGAUGUGAAGGUGUUCACUGUUUCCAAGGACAACAGGGACAUGAUUCUCCAAGACAUCGUGUCAGCUCUGCAAGAGUGCAUAAAGUAAAAUAGCUUGAGAAGGAGGGGAAACAAGACCAACAGGUGUGCAGUUAGAAUCAAAUAAUGGGUGCGCGUUUCAAACUGCCUCUCCCUGGAGGACGAUGAAAAAUGUUUGCCUGAUAGAGGAAUGAUAAUAUAUCUGUGAAGUGUCGGGUAUGACCUGAGAUUCAACUUAGGAAUUUUUCUUCAUCUAAUUUGUAGCUACAGUUGAGGCACCCUCUCACGCUCUUGAGAACUGCAGAC